AUGAGAAUAACAAGACGUACAGCUUUCACCACUCUUAUAACCUCAACUUUAAUCUAUGGAAUUUUAAUUAGUAUUUCAUACAUAAAAAUAGGACCAGAACAAAAUAUAUUAAUUCCUCAAAAUUUUAAUAUUUCAAUAUGUGAAGAAAUAAAUAAUUCAAAUAAUCCUCCUUUUCCAAUAGUUGAAGAAUGGAUCAGCAAACGACUUUAUGAUACGGAUCACGGAUCAUUUAAGAACACCAAAUUUGAUAUUGUAUAUACUUGGGUAAACGGAAGUGAUCAAAGACAUAGAGAAUUGCGAAAAAAAUAUCGUAAAAUUCGUGAUAAAGAAAGUUGGUAUCGGGAUUUUGAUGAAUUACGAUAUUCAAUGAGAUCAAUUGAAAAAUAUUUCAAAAAAUUUAUAAACAAGAUUUGGAUAAUUACUACUGAUUAUGAAAGUGACGAAAUGCAAAUACCAAGUUGGUUAAAUAAAUCUUGGGGAAAUUCUGAUCCAAGAGUUGAAUUAAUUAAACAUAGUGAAAUAUUUAAUGAUGUAAGUGUGUUACCAACGUUCAAUUCAUUGGCCAUUGAAAGUCAGAUGAUGAAUAAUCCCAAAUUAAAAGAUAAGAUAAUAUACUUUAAUGAUGAUCUGUUUAUGGGAAAGUAUUUAGCUUCAAGUGAUUUUUGGACUCCAUUGUACGGUUUUGUAUUUCAUAUUCAACAUGAUUUAACUGUUCCUCUUCAACCUGGUAAUUAUGAUGGUGAAUGGUAUUCCUUGUAUCACACAAACAUGUUAUUAAGUAAAAGAUUUGGAUAUCGAGAAAGGGGUUAUGUAACUCACACCUCACAUGUUUUAUCAAAAACAAUCCUUAAAGAAAUUUCUGAGGAAUGGGCUGAAGAAUUUCAUACCACUUCUUCACAUCGAUUUCGUACAAUAGAUCCUGAUAUCCAUACCACAUUUAUGUUCACUCAUUAUGUUAUAGAAAAACAUCGUGAAACUCUUUUAAAAAGUUUCCUAAUAUUUAAGAAUGAUGUUAAUCAUAAUUUUAAAUGGGAAUUAUCAGAACGUCAAAAAAUUUUAAAAUCUCUAGGUUCAGGUGAAUCAAUUGGUAAUGAUCGAAAGACAUUAAAUAAUUAUGAUAAAAUAAUUGAAUCUACUGGAAUUGAAAUAUCUUCAGAGUUAAAAUAUACUUGGUCAAGUAUGGAUGGAUAUCCAUAUGCAAUAGUAUUAUCCAAUAAUUCUUCGCCAACCGAUAAUAAUGUUCACCAAACUUUAAAUCCUAAUAAUCAUCCUCCAUCAAAAAGAAAAUGCAAAAUCGACUUUAAAUAUUGUUUCGGUGAAGAUUUCAUGAAUAGAAGAAUAAAAAGCGUAGAUAUUGAAAAUAUUUUUAAUAGAAUAACUUACGAAAAAUUAGAAUGUGGUGAUUGCAUAAUUCAACAUAUUGUGAAAUCAUCAGGAGAUUUGGGUUUAGAGGAUUUCUUACCACCACCUAACAAAAAAUCUUUAAUAAUGGAACAAGAUGGUAUCUUUCAACCAAAUAUUGAUGAUAAUUUAAAAAAUUACGGGAAAUCUCAACUUGAUUAUCGCUCAUUUGCGAUCUCUCAAUUAUAUAAAUAUUCUUACGUAAUAGGAGAAAAUUCUUUUGAUUUUAUAUUACUCAGAAAUUUUAUGACAGCAUCGAUUGAUUUAAAAAGAUUGGAAAUAACUAAGCCCUCGAUAUUUUGUAUAAACGAUAACAUAAUUUCCGAUUUAGAAAUAAAUCCAAUUAAAAAUCGGUUCAAAGAAUUUAUGGAGAACUAUUAUAAAGUACCGAAUGAAUAUGAGAAAACUCGGAGUUGA